AUGUGUUGUACAGGAAAGUGUGCGAGAUUAGUGGGGUUAAUACUUUUACCUUCAGCUUUUUUGUGUAUGAUAGCUAAUAUACUAUUGUUUUUUCCUAAUGGAGAGAAGUUGGAGACUGGACAGAUUUCCCUGCAGGUCUGGCUAAUGGGAGGAAUUAUCGGUGGAGGACUGUUUAUGAUGUGCCCAAGCUGCUCAGCCAUCAGAGCUGGGGGCAAAGGCUGCUGUGGGGCAGGUUGCUGUGGAAACCGUUGCCGGAUGCUGAAUUCAGUGUUGUCGUCUGUAUUUGGGAUUAUUGGGGCUCUCUACUGUGCCUCUGUUGCCUCAGCAGGACUGGCUGUUGGACCAAAAUGCCAAGUAGAGAGUGAAAAAUGGGAAUAUCCCUUUGAGGAAUUAUCAAAAGGGAACAGCAGCUAUCUGGUGGACAAGACACUCUGGUCACUCUGUGUUUUCCCAGAGAAUGUAGUUCUCUGGCACAUCGUACUGUUCUCCAUAGUUUUAGGUCUGGGUCUGCUCCAGAUGAUUCUCUGUGGCAUUCAGGUUUUGAAUGGAUGCCUAGGCUGUCUCUGUGGAGACUGUCGUGACAAAAAAGAGGAUGAUGGAGGUCUCUGAGAUCUGCUGGGAAGAAAAAAAACGCAGAUUUUACUAAACACUGGAAUUCUUACAAGACAGCCAGAGCUUGAGGAACAGACACC